GUGAAGUUGAGAUUUUAGGUCUACUUCGCUUAGUGAAUAAAACCCUAGCUUGGCGCACUGACUCCGAUUCUCGGUACGCGGCCUCCAUCUACAUCUCCACAGCUAGGGUUCCUCUCUGAACCUCCAAACAUUUCUGCACGACGAUGGCUCCCAAACGAGGUGGGAAGGUCACUGUAGCUGCAAAGAAGCGGCCUGAAAAAAUUGUAAAUCCCCUGUUUGAGAAGCGACCAAAGCAGUUUGGGAUUGGUGGUGCAUUGCCACCAAAGAAGGAUUUGACUAGAUUCGUCAAAUGGCCUCAUGUUGUUCAAAUUCAGAGGAAAAGGAGGAUUCUGAAACAACGUUUGAAGGUUCCUCCUGCUAUAAAUCAGUUCACAAAAACACUUGACAAGAAUACUGCCACAAACCUUUUCAAGUUGUUGCUUAAAUAUAGACCUGAGGACAAGGCUGCUAAGAAGGAAAGACUUUUAAAAAGAGCGCAAGCUGAAGCUGAUGGGAAAAGUGUAGAGGCAAAGAAACCCAUUGUGGUUAAAUACGGUCUUAAUCAUGUCACAUACCUCAUUGAGCAGAACAAGGCACAGUUGGUGGUUAUUGCACAUGAUGUUGACCCGAUUGAGCUUGUUGUUUGGUUGCCUGCUCUAUGCCGAAAAAUGGAGGUCCCUUAUGCGAUUGUGAAGGGCAAGUCUCGUCUUGGAUCGAUUGUCCACAAGAAGACAGCUGCUGCUUUGUGCCUUACAUCGGUUAAGAAUGAAGAUAAAUUGGAAUUUAGUAGGAUUCUGGAGGCAGUUAAGGCCAACUUCAAUGACAAGUUUGAUGAACAUCGUAAGAAAUGGGGAGGUGGCAUCAUGGGUUCCAAAUCUCUGGCCAAGACCAAAGCAAGGGAGAGAGUGCUGGCCAAGGAGGCUGCCCAAAGAAUGUCUUGAGCUCCAACAUCGAAGUAGGAGGAGUAACUACCUUUGCAUUUCUUUCUACUGUUUUUGUUUGUCAAUUCUAGACAGUUUUGUAUUUGAUUGGAUAGUUUGGAUUUUCACUGUUAUAUUUAUAUCAAGAUAUGUUUUUUUCCAUUGGAAGACUGAUAUUGAAUCCACCGAGAGCUUGUGAUAGACGGAUUGCUUUUACUCGGGCGUUAUGAUGAUUCUCAUAUUUCUUUA